GAGUUUCUGGAUGAGAGAAGCAGGUGCUGCGGAAAGUCCAGAAAUUUUGGGGUGACGCCUGGCUGACUGUGGGGACAAGAGAGACAGGGGCCCCUGCGCCAGCACCCCUGGCUGACCCCUUUCUCCCCAGCCGUGGUCACCACGGGGUUGGGUGUUCUUCACCAGCAGUGGCAGCUAACAUCAUGCUGGCUGUUGAUGCCCCAGGCUGGGGAGCAGCCUGACCCCCAAUCGGGACUGGGGACGCAGUGGUACUGCAGGGGCAAGCCCAGUCACGCUGCAAGGACAGCCAGCAGCGGGAGGGGUGAUCUCAGGUUACGUGGCCUUGUACAGAAAUGAGUGGAGCUGCAGGCUCCUGACGAGGUUCCUGCUGUUGGCGGCCAGGGCUUAUUAAAGGGGAGCGUCGGGGCAGGCUGCUUGGUCCUGGUGGUGUCCCCGCAGCAUGGCAGGACCAGGGAGUGAGGGGGACCUGCGGCACCUGCUAAAGCUGCACUGCACCGAGAUUGCCAUGGCAGUGGACGACGUCUUCCCGCUGCUGCACGGCCUGGCCGACCACGAUGUCGUCCCUGAGCACAUCUUCAAGGAGACACUGAGCCGGACGGAGCGGGAGGGCUCCCACCGUGCUUUCCAUGCACUGCUCACCUGGCUACUGGGCCGUGACACUGCCACUGUCCGUGACUUCUGGACCGUCCUCUUCAAGGAUUACAACCUGGAGCGGUACACCCGGCUCCGGCCCCUCCGCGGUGUCUUCCCCAGAGAGGUGGAGCUGGGGCGGCAGUGCCGCAGCAGGCACCCCUCCCCAAGCCCCGCGGCACCGGCCCCGCACAGACCCCAAGGCAAGAGGAAAGCCCCCGAGGAGCGGGAUGGGGCACGAGUGGCGCAGCACUCACCGCAGCACACUGCGAGCCCCGGUACAAAGACCCCCACAGGGCCCCUGGCAAAGGCGAGGACCAUGAAGAAACCAGAGAGCACAGAUGCCCCCCGUACCUCCCGCGCCAGUGGUGAGGAGGGAGCCCCACCAGAGCUGCUCUUGGCCUCUGGGGAGCCCCAGCUGCACCCCCAGGGCCGGCUGCCAGUACCCACCAUGCACAGCCAGGAGCCUGCUCCCCUGGGGCAGGAGAACGAGGACGAGUGUGCCGUGUGCGGUGAUGGUGGCGAGCUCAUCUGCUGUGACGGCUGCCCCAGGGCCUUCCACCUUGCAUGCCUGGUACCCCCGCUGCCCCGCGUCCCCAGUGGGAUGUGGCGGUGUGGCUCCUGUGCGGAGAGUGCAGACGAGAGGGGCCAGCUGCGGGAGGUGGACACAGCUGCAGAGCAACCCCCCGAGAUCCCAGCCGAGGCAGCAUGCGGCACCCAGCAGGGUGGAGGUGACAGGAGUGUCUGUGGUCGCUGCUUCACUCGGAUACCCACAUCCCGACACUGCCCUGCGCCCAGUGGGGAGCCUGGGGGGCUGCUGCUCUGCACGUCCUGCGUGGGCACUCCGGACACAGGCAGCCUGGAGAGGGCCGCAGCAGCCAGCGACCACCCACUACAGGCAGCGAAGGGCACCUGGGACGGGAUCCUGCAGUGGGCAUUCCAGAGCAUGGCACAGCCCCUCGCAGACACCCACGGGCUCUUUGCCUAG